GCUUCGUUUCGCAUCUCACCUCCGACCUUACAUUUCUCAGUAGACUGCUGAAUGAGUUCAAGGCGAUAGGAAUAAUCUGGGAGCAUCGGUUAGUCCCUCUACUUCCAUCUGAAGAUGCGAGAGGUUUGACAAGGUUAACAUGAACAGGUAUUACGGAGAAUCAUUGCCAUACCCUGUCUCCAAUCAGACACCGCCGGAGCAUUUCAAAUAUCUUACCACCGCCCAGGCCCUAGCCGAUAUUCCUGCCUUUGCGGAGAAUUUCAGUCGUCCGGCCUUUGAGGAUAUCGACCUGUCCCCAAAGUCAACUCCCUGGGUUAUGGUGGGAGGUUCCUACGCCGGUGUAAGGGCUGCACUUGCUCGUCAGGAAUAUCCAGAUACGAUAUUUGCAGCCUUUGCUUCCUCGGCUCCAGUUCAGGCGCGGAUCAAUAUGAGUUCCUAUAAUGACCAGGUAUAUCGGGGGAUGGUUGCCAACGGUGCCGGCAAUUGUUCCAAGGACAUCCACGCUGCGUUGGAAUAUAUCGACGACCAGCUCUCGCAUGAACGCACAGCGGCAUCGAUCAAACAACUUUUCCUCGGCGCCGGUGCCGAGAAGAACUCGAACGAAGACUUUACUGUGGCCCUCGGGGGUAUAUUCGGCUUCUACCAGGCCAGCGGUAUGGGAGGCCCUGCAGGGUCACUAGGUGAUUUCUGUAAUUAUCUUGAGCAAGACCCUAUUACGAAUAAGACGGUAGGCCCUGAAGGCCUUGCUCCUCGCCGUGGGAAAAAGUAUGUCGCAGAGCGUUGGGCUAAAUGGACCCCGUUUGCGCAAUUGGUCAACUUGAACAUGGAGACAAACUGCCGAGGCCUGGACAACUCAACUGCGCCAUCUUGCGAGCUGAACAAGCCAACGACCAGCCCAGACGCCAUCGCCUGGACAUGGCAGUACUGCACUGAGUGGGGGUACUAUCAGAGCAACAACGUGGGAAUCCACUCCAUCCUCUCCCGCUUCCAAACCCUGGAGUUCCAACAAGACAUCUGUAACCGGCAGUUCCCAGAAGCUGUCAAGAGCGGACUCCUCCCCUCACAGCCGCAGGCAGACGCGCUGAAUGAGGUAUUUGGUGGCUGGACUAUCCGGCCAUCGAAUGUGUUCUUCAGCGAAGGUGAAUUCGACCCCUGGAGGACAUUGAGCCUGCUUUCGACCGAGGAGUUUUCACCGAAGCUCAACGUCACGUCAGAAAUCCCGAAGUGCGGUGUACAGACCGAUGCAGGCACCGUCUUUGGAUAUGUCGGGGCUAAUGAAUUCCACUGCUUCGAUUUGGACCUCUUCAACGAUGGUGCGAAGGAGUCGCUGGGUUAUUUCCGCCAGGCGUUGAAAGAAUGGCUCCCUUGCUUCGAGAAACAAAACCACGAUUGAGGUAUAUAAAUCAUGUCAGCAUCAAUACUGUAUGUUAAUAUCAGCAAGAUAGCACAUAAGCCAUAAACUGCAUGAGUGUCACUCCG